AUGGGCUACUUCAGCAAAAUUGAAAAAUUGGAAGUGAGGAGGUGUGGAGAAUUGAGAAAUUUGAUGUCCACAUCACUGGCCAGAGGUCUUCUAAAUCUCCGAAUACUAAGCAUAGAAGAAUGCCAAUCAAUGGAGGAAGUGAUAGCAGAACAGGAACAAGAAGGAGAAGAAAUCAUGAGAAAUGAAUCCUUAUUUCCCGUGUUGGAAGAGCUGAAACUUUGCAAUUUGCCAGAACUGGGGCAUUUCAUUCUGACAAAGCAUGCUCUUGAAUUUCCAUUUCUUAAAGAAGUGGAUAUUUGUGAAUGCCCUAAAAUGAAGACAUUUAUCAAUCAGGGAACUAUGAGUAGUACACUGAGCCUCGAAAGUGUGAACAAUGAUGAUGAGCUGAAAGUUGUUGAUUUCAAUAAAGAAAUGUUCAAUUCUAAGGUUUGUCUUGUCACACUUUGUAACUAGAUGCUAUAUAUAUUUGUGUCAUGCAUUAACAGACCCCUGGUCUACUGCUCUCUUUUUGCUUUAACUAGCAAAUAGUAAUAGUAAUAGUAGAGUGAAGUGGUGGAAACACCUCCAAACUUAACGCGAAUUAUUAUUUUUGUCCCUGAACUAUGUUUAGUACUU